AUGGCACCAGCUCCAGAAAAUAAAGAGCUAGUUAAACCAGAUAAUAAUGAAGUAAAGAAAGAUACUAAAGUUAAACAAGAAGAAGAAUUAUCUGAAGAAGAUCAACAUUUAAAAGAUGAAUUGGAAUUAUUAGUUGAAAGAUUAAAUGAAUCAGAUCAAGAUAAACAAUUAUAUAGUAAAUAUUUACAAAGCUUAAAAACUUUUAUUAAAGAAUCAACUACUUCAAUGACUGCUGUUCCAAAACCAUUAAAAUUUUUAAGACCUUUCUAUCCAACUUUAACUAAUUUAUAUCAUGAAUGGUCAAAUAAAUAUAAUAGUGAUGAAAUUGUUUUACAAUUAGCUGAUAUUUUAUCUGUUUUAGCAAUGACUUAUUCUGAUGAAGGUAAAGAUUCACUAAAAUAUAGAUUAUUAUCAUCAGAUGAUUCUAUAGCAGAUUGGGGUCAUGAAUAUAUGCGUCAUUUAGCUUUAGAAAUUGGUGUUGUUUAUCAAGAAAGUUUAGGAGUUGAUGAAGAUAAAAUUAAUAAACUUACUAAGCUAGCAUUGAAGAUUGUACCAUUCUUUCUUAAACAUAAUGCAGAAGAAGAUGCUGUUGAUUUAUUAUUAGAAAUUGAAUCAAUUGAUAAAUUACCACAAUUUGUUGAUGAAAAUACUUAUGCAAGAGUUUGUUUAUAUGUUCAAAGUGUCGUUCCAUAUUUAGCUCCACCUGAUGAUGUUUCAUUUUUAAAUACUGCAUUUACAAUUUAUUUAUCUCAAAAUCAAUUAACUCAAGCUUUAAUAAUUGCUAUAAAAUUGGAUGAUUCACUAUUGAUAAAACAAGUUUUCGAUUCUACAAAUGACACUUUAAUACAUAAACAGUUGGGUUUUAUAUUAUCACAAACUAAUAAUAAUUUCAAAUAUGAUGAUAAUCAAGAAGUUCAAGAAUGUAUAUCAAAUGUUAAAUUAGCAGAAUAUUAUCAUUAUUUAACAAAAGAAUUAAAUCUAUUAGAUGCUAAAAUUCCAGAAGAUAUUUAUAAAUCGCAUUUGGAAAAUUCAAAAUUUGGUUUAGGUACUUCUGGUUCAAUUGAUUCUGCAAAACAAAAUUUAGCUGCAUCAUUUGUACAUUCAUUUUUAAAUUUAGGUUAUGGUAAUGAUAAAUUAAUUCAAACUGAUGAAGAUAAUAAAUCAUGGAUUUAUAAAACAAAAGGUAAUGGUAUGAUUUCAACAACCGCUUCAUUAGGUUCAAUUCAUCAAUGGGAUACAAAUGAAGGUUUACAAGUUUUGGAUAAAUAUACUUAUUCAGAAGAUCAAGAAAUUAAAGCUGGUGCUUUGUUAGGUACUGGUAUUGUAUCAUCAAAUGUUCAUGAUGAAGUUGAUGCUGCAUUAGCUUUAUUACAAGAUUAUAUUCAUGACUCAAAUAAAUUAUUUCAAACAUCAGCUAUCAAUGGUUUAGGUAUUGCAUUUGCUGGUACUGCAAAUGAAGAAGUGUUAAAUUUAUUAUUACCAUUAGUUUCUGAUUUAGAUAUACUGUUGGAAAUUUCAUGUUUAGCUGCAUUAGCUUUAGGUCAUGUAUUUGUUGGUACAUGUCAUGGUGAUAUAACAUCAACAAUUUUACAAAGUUUAUUAGAAAGAGAUUUUACUCAAUUAACUAAUCCAUUUAUAAAAUUCAUGUCAUUAGGUUUGGGUAUAUUAUAUAUGGGUAAAACUGAACAUGCAGAAGAUGUAUUGGAAACAAUAGAUGCUAUAGAACAUCCAAUAAGUAAAACUUUAAAAGUUUUGGUAAAUAUUUGUGCUUAUGCAGGUACUGGUAAUGUUUUACAAAUACAAGCUUUAUUACAAAUGUGUACAGCUAAACCAAAAGAUCAAUUAGAAGAAGAAAAGAAAUUGGAACAAUCAGAAGAAGAUCAAAAGAAAGAAGAAGGUGAAGAACCAAAAGAAGAAACUGAAGAAGCUAAAGAAGAUGUUGUUAUGGAUAAGAAGGAAGAAACUAAAGAUGAAAAAGAUGAAAAAGAAAAAGAUGAUUCUAAACCAGAAGAAUCUGAAGAAGAAUUAUAUCAAGGUAUUGCUGUAUUAGGUUUAGCAUGUAUUGCAAUGGGUGAGGAUAUUGGUCAAGAUAUGUCAUUACGUCAUUUCAGUCAUUUAAUGCAUUAUGGUAAUUCAUUAAUAAGAAGAGCAGUUCCAUUAGCAAUGGGUUUAGUUUCAACAUCAAAUCCACAAAUGAAAGUUUUUGAAACUUUAUCAAGAUAUUCACACGAUCCAGAUUUAGAAGUUGCUCAAAAUUCCAUAUAUUCAAUGGGUUUAGUUGGUGCUGGUACAAAUAAUGCAAGAUUAGCACAAUUAUUAAGACAAUUAGCCUCAUAUUAUAUAAAAUCUCAAGAUACUUUAUUUAUGGUUAGAAUUGCUCAAGGUAUAUUACAUUUAGGUAAAGGUACUUUAACAUUGACACCAUAUAAUUCAGAAAGAACAAUAUUAUCAAAAGUUUCAUUAGCUUCAUUAUUAACUAUAUCAAUUGCUUUAUUAGAUCCAAAACAAUUUAUAUUAUCAGAUUCAACAACUGAAACAACUCAUCAAUUAUUAUAUUAUUUAACACCAGCCAUAAAGCCAAGAAUGUUGGUUACAGUUGAUGAAGAAUUAAAACCAAUAAAAGUAAAUGUUAGAGUUGGUCAAGCUGUUGAUGUUGUUGGUCAAGCAGGUAAACCAAAAACAAUAACUGGUUGGGUAACUCAAUCAACUCCUGUAUUGUUAAAUUAUGGUGAACGUGCAGAAUUGGAAAAUGAAGAAUUUAUAAGUUUAUCAAAUUCAUUAGAAGGUAUUGUAAUUUUGAAAAAAAAUCCUGACUACAUGGAAGUAGAUAACUAA